AUGCCCAAACGAAAGUAUUGUGAGCAUCCGACAAAACAUGUAAACUCUACUCGUAUACCCAAAGGAGUAAUGCCUGUAUCGCCACAUCCAUCAAUGUUUUUGAUUUCUCGAUAUGAUGCGGCUGACGGCCGAAUACGCUGGGUACGUCCUAGAUGUCAUGCAUUUGAAUGGAAGGAAAUUAUGACUCGUCAAUCAAUGGAUUUAACCAAUAAUGAGAGCCCGAGUGAAGGUAAAGCCAUGGCAGAAGACUCUUCUGUUCGUGACGAUGAAAAUGGUGAUGCUGUCAAUGGUGAAUUUAAUGAUUUGAAUGAGAAAGAAGAACAGAAUCCUCUAAUGGAUAAUGGCAUCCUAGCCGAGUCGAAAAACGAUGAUGAUGAUUUGUCAUAUAUGGAUGAUGAGACGACUAAUCAUGAAUCGAUGAAUGAAGAGAUAGGUUAUGUUUCAUAUGAACUCGAGUAUCAGAAAGAUAAAGUAAUGGAACAAUUGUCGACCAUCUUCAAAUUAUUAAACAUAGAUUCCAUUCGUGACAAGUACGUCCAUAAGUUUUUUCCGAACUUUCUUGAACGACUCUAA